AUUUUGGUGCGGUGGUGUGACGUCAUAAGGCGGCGCCACGCUGCUGCUAUUUGUUGUGAUUCGGCUAAAAAAAAAGAAAAACUCCCGGUAAAGCGACUGAGAUCCAUGUGACGCUAUUAUAAAGAUGGCGUUUAUUAAAGAGGAGAGUGAAGACAUGAAGAUAAAAGAAGUAUUCAGAGUGACUCAAGAAGAUACUGAGGAACAAACAAAGAUUGUGUUUAUUAAAGAGGAGAGUGAAGAAAUGAAGAUUGAAGAAACAUUCAGUGUGAAACAAGAAGAUACUGAGGAACAAACAGACCUGAUGGUGCUGAAAGAGGAGAGUGAAGAACUGAAUGGAAUGGAAGAGAAGCAUCAGGAUUUAAUAACUGAAGAAAAAUCUUUUAGUUGCUCACAGACUAAAAAGACUUCCACACAAAAAAGAGUUCAGAAACCAGCAUCUACACGUUUCACCUGCCAAGAGUGUGGAAAGAGUUUCACUCAGCAUGCAAACCUUAAAAUACACAUGAGAGUUCACACCGGGGAGAAGCCUUUUACCUGCCAAGAGUGUGGAAAGAGUUUUACUCAGCAUGCAAACCUUGAAAUGCACAUGAGAGUUCACACAGGGGAGAAGCCUUUUACCUGCCAAGAGUGUGGAAAGAGUUUUACUCAGCAUGCAAACCUUGAAAUGCACAUGAGAGUUCACACAGGGGAGAAGCCUUUUACCUGCCAACAGUGUGGAAAAAGUUUCGCUGGAAAAGGAAACCUAAAAAAACACAUGAGAAUUCACACUGGAGGGAGCCCUUUCACCUGUCAACAGUGUGGGAAAAGUUUUACUCUAAGUCAAAGCCUUAAAGUUCACAUGAGAAUUCACACUGGAGAAAAUUGUUUCACCUGCCAACAGUGUGGAAAAAGUUAUAUUCAAGAUCAUAGCCUUCAAGUUCACAUGAGAGUUCACACUGGAGAAAAGCCUUUCACCUGCCAACAGUGUGGAAAAAGUUUCAAUCAAAAAAACAGCCUUAAAAGCCACAUGAGAGUUCACACUGAGGAGAAGCCUUUUACCUGCCAACAGUGUGGAAAAAGUUUCACUGGAAAAGGAAACCUUAAAGUCCACAUGAGAAUUCACACUGGAGAGAGCCCUUUCACCUGCCAACAGUGUGGGAAAAGUUAUACUCAAAGUCAAAACCUUAAAGUCCACAUGCGAGUUCACACUGAAGAGAAGCCUUACACAUGCCCUCACUGUGGAAAGAGUUUUUCACAUAAAUCAACAAUUAUAGCCCACGUUAGAAUUCACACUGGAGAAAAGCCGUACUCAUGUGAUCGGUGUGGAAAGAGUUUCAGACGUCAAGUAAACCUUAUUUGCCAUAUGAGGGUUCACUCAAGACGGAACAAUUUUGUAUGUCAUCAGUGCGGAAUGAGUUUCACGGACGGGAAUCAUCUUGCAAAUCAUGUAACAACUCACACUGGAGAGAAGCUUUUAACGAAUCAUCGGUUUGAUAAGAGUUUCACAAAUCACACAGACCUGAAACGUCAUUUGAAAACUCAUUCUAGAAAGAAAUUGCGACGUUCCUCAGUGUGACGAGAUUUAGAAAAGAUUUCAAAAAUCACCUGCAGAUUCGCUCUAAAAGAGGGCCAUUUAAUUUUUUUGCCAUCACACUUACAGAUACAUCUAAAAAGCCAUUCAGAUGUGAGACCCUAUUUCUGUAUUUUGUGUGGAGUUUUAAAGUUUAGUUUGUCCGAUACAUCAGAAUCAUUAUAUUGUAUAAAUAAACAACCAUCUUGUUGUUAAAUUUUCUUUAUUAAUAAAAGGAUAUAAACUGAAUGGAAUCUGGA